AUGCAUCGUAUUCGCUUGGCACAGACUCUUCCGUACCUCGCAUCCUUCUCGGCUUCGCACCGCUCGGCCCCGAUCCGCCAACACAUAACUUUACGAGGCCCCGCCAGCACACCCGCAGCUCCCGAAACAGCGCCGGCCGGGAGCACCGUGCCCCUCCUCCAUAGAGACAGAGUGGAACCCUCCAGUGCGGUGCUCCCCCGAACCUUCCGGCCAACAAGCUCCGUUGCGAAGGACAACGGACAACGGAGUACGUAG